UUUUACUCCAACCACUCUCUCCCCCCCGCUAUCUGCUCGAGUAUUUCUCCUCUCGCGCUCUCCUCCCAACGUAAGCCGACGCCGACCCCUGGUCCACCCUCCCCCGCACACCACCUGCUCGCCGAAAUGCCGGCGCGGAGGCUCCUCCGGAUCCUCCCGCUCCUCCUGGCGCUGCUGCUCGCCGGCUCGACGGACGGCGCGGCCGCGGCGGGCGGCGGCAACGGGACGUGCCCGCUGGACCUGAGCUACGUGCCCACGUUCCCGUGGGACCCCGCGCCGUGCGCGGGGGCCGCGCCCAACAUGACGGCCUGCUGCCAGACGCUGCUCUCCGUCUUCAGCAUCGGCCUCGCCGGCCGGCUCCGCGCCACGGGCCACUUCCGCGUCCCGUCCGCGGCGGCCUCCGCCACCUGCCUCGCCGACUUCGCCGAGGCGGUCGCGUCGACGCCGGCCUCGCUCCCGGGCGCCUCGCUCGUGCAGUCCUGCUUCCCGUCCCCCGACGAGUUCGCCGUCUCCCCGUCCUUCUGCGCCGGCGUCACCACCGCCGCCGAGUACAGGGCCGUCGUUGGGAACGCCUCCGUCGCGGGCCUGGACGCCGCCUGCGGCCCCGACCUCUCGUCCAUGCCGAUCUGCGACCGCUGCCAGACCGCCGGCAUCGUCGCCACCUCCCCCCUCAUCGCCGCCAGCGCCAACGCCACGACCGAAUCGCAGCUCAACUGCUUCUACCUCACCGUCAUGUACGCCGCCGGCAUCUCCAGCGUCGAGGGACCCACCUCCCCCACCGCCGCCCAUUGCAUCCUCGGCCUCGGCAUAUCCACCCCGCCCUCUCACAACUCCAAGUCCAACAACGCAGUCAUCUACGCCACCACCAUCCCAAUCGCCUUCAUCCUCCUCCUGUCAGUCCUCGCAUUCUUUGUCUGGAGAAAGACAAGGCACGCCGAGAAGAAGAAGAGGAACCACACCAUCCCUGAGGAGGGGUCGGAGGACCGGCGUCCGCACCUAAGGCCCAACACCGGGUCAAUACUGUUCGACAUCGCCGAGUUGUCCAAGGGGACGGACAACUUCGCGGACCGAAACCUCAUCGGCCGCGGUGGGUUCGGAGUUGUCUACCGCGGCGUGCUCGCGGAUGGGUCUGUGGUUGCCGUCAAGAAGAUGCUCAACCCAGAAAUGGACGGCGGUGACGAGGAGUUCACCAACGAGGUGGAGAUCAUCAGCCACCUCCGGCACCGGAACCUGGUGCCGCUGCGUGGCUGCUGCAUUGUCGAUGACGACAUAGAGGAAGGGAAGCAGAUGUUCCUCGUGUACGACUUCAUGCCCAAUGGAUCGCUCGAGGAGUUCAUCUUCCAGGACAGAGUAGGAAGCAGCAAGCGGGCGGCAUUGACAUGGGCACAACGUCGGAACAUAAUAAUGGAUGUGGCAAAGGGGUUGGAAUAUCUGCAUUAUGGUGUCAAGCCUGCGAUCUAUCACAGGGACAUCAAGGCGACCAACAUAUUGCUCGACAAUGAGAUGCGGGCACGCGUGGCGGAUUUCGGGCUAGCCAGGAGGAGCCGAGAAGGGCAGUCUCACCUCACGACGCGGGUUGCCGGCACACAUGGCUACUUGGCGCCGGAGUACGCGCUCUAUGGACAAUUGACAGAGAAGAGCGACGUCUACAGCUUCGGCGUUCUGGUGCUUGAGAUAUUGAGUGGGCGGCAUGUGCUUGACAUGACGGCUUCGAAUGGGCCAGUGCUGAUCACCGACUGGGCGUGGACGCUCAUCAAGGCUGGCCAGUCAAGGGAGGUGCUCGACGAUGCAUUGUCGACGUGCGAGAGCCCAAGAGGUGAGGCCAUCGAAAGGUUUGUUCUUGUUGGAAUCCUCUGCGCUCAUGUGAUGGUUGCGCUCCGACCGACCAUCACCGAGGCCGUGAAGAUGCUUGAGGGGGACAUGGACAUACCAGAGAUACCAGAUCGGCCGCUGCCAUUUGGGCACAACUUUUUGAUGUUCAGCGAAGCUGGGAGCAACUUCAGCGCUUCCCCGGCUAUCAGUGGCCCUUUAAUGGAUAAUGGGGACAUGCUUAGGUGAUGUAAUUCUUGUGUUUGUUCUGGUCAACUGAAGUCCAGAGUUGUGUGUCGAUACUUCUUUGAUUAUAUUGACUUUCUGAAUGAGGCAUUCAAAUGGCCAAAAUGGCAUUCACAUCAAACUUUGUUACUUUCGCACCUUGGCCAUCAUCACUAACAAGACACACUGUAAUCAGGAUAGGCAGCAAUUAUACAAGCAUCUUGACAGGGACAGGAACUGUCUUAGUUAAAAGUUAUGUGUUGGGAAGCAACUAGCGGUGUUAAGUUCAUCAGGCCAGACAUGAAAAGGAAGAUACAUUUAAGGUUGCACACGGAAAUUGAAGCUAGCAGUUGUGGCCUGCAGGUAGAGGAGCUUCAGUUCACACAGGCCACGGCAGGAUUCGAUGGCCUACUUGUCUUCCUGCAAGUUGGGGUGGCUGGGCUGCAGCCGGAAGGUGAACGGCAUCUGGGAAGUGAAAUCCCUACCCUGAUGGUACCCGAGCUCCAUCUCCCUCAUGCCGCUGCUCAGGUCGUCCUGCUGGUGCUGGAAACAGGAGGAGAACUUCAGCAAUUUCUCAGCUUUUGGGUUACUUGUCAACAAAGCAGAAAGUGCGGUUACCAUUCACUGAAAUUUUUAACCUAUGCAGUGAAUUCUGUUAUUACAGUUUCGGUUAUUCAAUUGGACUAGGUAGAGGUGAUUCAGUUUGCAGGGUAUGAAGACACGCAUGCUGUGUUGAAAAAUAAUGCAGCAAGGAACUAUGUAGUGAUGCGUUAUUUGGUUGCUGAGUAGAUGACUCUGAUCAGCCACAUUAAGUACUGACCAGUGGUCUAACUGCAUUAGCAACACUGUACUGAAACCAAGAUCAUGCCCUUGGAGGAUAUGAGGGCAUGGCCAAUGCAUAGCCCCAGGGUGAUGCCUCACAUGCCAUGUAGGAUUGGAUAACAGAAAAAGUAGGUUCGGAUGGGGAAGCGUUAUCCUCUCCAGGAGGAGAGUGCUUAGAGAGAAAAAGUGUGGUCCGAUGCGUAAAGUUGAAGUGGAGAGGAGGGAUGUAUGUGUAGUGAGAGUCACUUUUUUAUUCUUUGAUAAGGCCCACUAGUAGUAGCUUGCAUUGGAGAGAAAAAAUCAACACAUACGCCUCAAAUUACUUUUUGUCCUGAGCCAUCUGUAUCCAUAUGCCACCAUUGUACAUGCCCUGAUUAUGCUCCAUUUCACUAGUUGGCAAAAGCUGAUGCAUGUCUGCAGUUCCGCAGGAUGAUUAAUUCUAGACUGAAGAAAGCAAGGAAGUGCUCAAGAAUUACCAUCCUCAAAGCCAGCAGCUUGUGCUCCUCCUCCAGCAUCUUCUCCUGUGGUAAAUCACAAAGGAGGAGCAUGAUCAGAAUUUUCUUUGCCAAAAAAAGAUCAAAAUUCUUCUUCAAGAAACUCCAUGGUGUACAGAAGGAAAUGCAAAGCGCAGUGGUAAAUUUAGUGUCCAUACAUUCCUCCUGUGCAUCUUCCAGUGGUCCAUCUGCAACAAGGAGACACACCAACAUCAGAGGCAGACAACAAUAUUCCACAAAACAAAGAUGAAACACUUGCAAGCUCUGAAUUUUCUACACCCAGCAUGCAUUACCAUCUUGUCCCUGAGGUUGGUCUGGCCGUUGGUGAGCGCCUCCUCGAUGGCGAUCAGCUCCUUGGGCUGCAGGGAGUUCACAUCCUCGCCUUUCAUAUGCCUGCACUGUCAUCAGCCGCCGCAGUCGAGUCAUACUCACACAAACAUUGAAGAGCUGCAGAUAGAAUUGGAAAGAGAGAGAAAAUCGAAGCUGGAAGCUGGAUGGAACAACACUUGCCUGAGCUCGAUCUGCAUGUUGUCGUUCUCCUUCUUCACCCUGUCGAUCUCGGCGCUGAUGCUCUGGAAAAGAAACAUUUCCAGGGUUUUCAGACUCUGAACAUUUUUACUGGAUGUGUGCUGAAAGAAACUGCUGAGGUAGAUCAGGCAAGAACCUUGUGCUUCUCAUCCCAGAGGAUCUUGCCGGAGUUGGUCUGGUACUUCUCCAAGAUCCUCGGCAGCCUGACAGCAAAGGCAAAGCUAGGAGCUUCGUGACCGGUUUAAAAAGAAGAAGAAGAAGAAGAAACAGAGCCCUUGGCUAGAAGCAAGCACAGAGGGUGAGAGAGGGAGGAACGGGAGAACAACUAACGUGGUCUUGGGCGUCCAGAAGUCGUAGAGCUUGCCGGCGCUGGAGAAGAUGACGACGCCGACCUCGGCGUCGCAGAGCACGCCGAUCUCGCGGGCCUUCUUCACCAGCCCGGCCCGGCGCUUGGCGAAGGUCACCUGGCGGUUGGACGAGUUCUCGAUCCUCUUGAUCUCGAUCUUCCCGCGCCCCAUCUCAACAAGCUGCUCGCUCGCCGGGAAGAAAGAAAGAGGACCCAGGAGCACCCAAGACCCAGACCCAGAGGACUCCUCCCUCUCCUCCUCCCUUGUCUCUGUGGAGUGUGGGCGCUUGGGAGCAGCAGCGGCCUGUGGUGGUGGCGAUCUUUAUGGGCGGGCGUGAAUGAAUGCCAUGGCUGGGGGAGGAUGGGAGGAGUAAAGGAGGGUGGCUGCCAUGGAGGGAAUGGAGGUGAGGGGGCUUUCGGCUCGCCCCAGGGUUGGAUGGCCGGAAAUGGAAACUGCUCGCGUGCUCUGCUUUGGUUCGUUGCGGUUGGAUUUUAGCUGACCCUGGCUCGCUUGCGUUGGAGGGAAGGGGCUCCCCUUUGAUCAGCGGACACUUCACGCGCUCUCCCCAUGUCUCUCUCUUUCCUCCUAUUUUUUCUCUUUUAUCCCUUUCCCCUUUAUUUUUGCGGGGAGCGUCCUUUCUUCUUUUAUUAUGGGUCAGUAAUUUUUCUCUUGGAUCAUGUACUUUUGGAAAGUAGAGCUAACUACCUAAAUCAUCAUAAUUUAAUUUCCAUUCGGAAAUUGCUUACCA